GCAUUAAUUAAAUAAUCGGCCACGUGCACGCAGAUUUCAGCUGAUGCUGUUUAUCUAAAAAAAAUGGCAAUAAUCGUCCCGAUUAAUCAUCAUGUCACAACUGGACAUGUUUAAAUAGCUUGAUGUUUUCUAAAUUACGGAAAGAUGACAAUUUAAGAUAACACAAGUGUCUGUUUAAUUAGCAAACACACUGGCAGGCGACAGGUGAACAUUCGUUUCCUAUGGGAGUAACGUUAUGUGAUUUAUAGCCAGGUAGCCAAGACACGCUGGCAAGUUACACAGAAACGGAUUUGAUAUAAUUCUUUACCUUUAUGCAAAUUAACUAUGACGCGGUUCUUCAGAUAAGUCACAGGGUCCCAGCUCUCCUCUACUCUGUGAAACUUUUAAUUCUAACAUACUUUGUUCAUAUAUCCCCAGCAAUGCGGUUCUGAACAAGACAAAGAGGAUUAUAACCACGGAUUAUACUUUUUGUAUUUUAUAUGAUGCAUUUUUGCACAAAUACAGGGAUCAUUUGGAGGGAAAUAAAGCAUAAAUGAACGCAGCUGAUGGCUGGAUAGGUAGCUUGCUAGAUUAACCUCUGUGCUAACCAGCCACGCCAAUACACGCCCACACAGGGAACACCGCACGCAGCAACGCACACACCCACAAGAGACACCUAGAAGCGAUGUGAGCAGGUUGUCGUCUGCUGGUGUGAAUGUAAUGUUCUACAACAAACAAAGUGAAGGAAGUUUGGGGGUCCAGAAGUAGCACCAAAGUUUAGAUCCUUCCAGGAGUCAGCAGUAUUAAUAUUUAAGCUGCCUGUAGUGAAGCAUAGCCGGGACCUGCUUCCCCAACACGAACAGAGUUCAUCUCGCACUUUAAAGCCCAAGGCCGAGGAUACUGGAAUAAAAUCCAGCCUUCGCUGAAUCAUGAGCCUGGCAAGCCAAGAAGUCUCCAGAGAGACCCUAACUCUACCCCAACUCCAUCAGGCCAAACCGCCUGCUUUGUCUUGGGGUGUGAAGAUCCGAAAAAAGCUGAAGGCUCCGUUCCUCGGCAAGUACAGGCCCUUGGUGGGGCAAUGCUGCCAUCAGUGCACCCCGGAGAGCCUGGGUCGAAAGCUGCUUCACAACUCGCCGUCUCUUGGCUUCCAGGACCUUCUUUGUGUAAAUGAAACGCACACCAGGUAUCGCGGAUGGCUAGUCAGGAGAGUGUGCUCCGUGCUCUUCGUUUUGGGUCGUAAAGUUCACUCCAGUCCUGCUGGAGACAGAAUGAAGGGGAUCUGCAGUGGAGACAGGGUGAUUGCAGUGACUGGUCUAGGAGGACAGAAGGACGUGAGUGAGGAGGAUGGAUCUGAAGGAUUGGGCAGCGUUCUGGCUGUGCUUCAGACAGCUGUGCGUCCUGCUGUGCUCCGAUUGGUGAGCUGGAUGCUGUUGAAGAUGUUCAGGUUAAUGUUCCGUAGUGUGCAGGUUAAUCUGAACCAGCUGGCUGCUCUGCACCGUGCUUCACAGCUGAGUGGUCCAGUGGUCUAUGUAUAUAUUCGCCAAAGUGCUUUUGAUCAAGCUCUGAUCUGCCUGGCUCUCUUCUUUCACAACCUGCGAGUUCCCUACAGCGUCUGCCCAGUGCAAGUCCAGCACGGCUGGAGAAGGGCUGUUCUUCAGAAACUGGGUGUCAUUUUGCUCCCCCGCCACGUAGACACAGAGCUGCAGGCAGAAACAGACCGCUCGUACUCGCUCACCAUGACCUCACUGAUUGGAGAGCUACUGGGUGCAGGAGAGUCACUCAGUUUUGGUAUAUGUGAGGAAAGUGGGCGUGGAGGACAGUGGCUGGCCCGUGUCCGGCAGGCAGUCACACGUGGACUGGUGCCUGAUGUCAGCCUGGUCCCCGUGGCGAUCUCCUACGACUGUCCAUCACAUAUGGAGAAACUACCACAGCUUUCUAGGGCUGGCAUACUGGGGUUUGUGCUCUCCCUUCUGAGUGGUGAUCACAGAGGAGAUGUGAGGAUCCAUUUUGCUCAGGCUUUCUCUCUAAAGGAGAUGUGUGACAGCGGGAAGUGUCGUGUGGAUGGACGGCGCCCCCUGCAGGAGAUCCUUUUGCCCACCGUCUUGCACAACAGGAUGGACUCUCUAUUUGGACAGAAGGACAUAUCUUGGCUGCUGCCCCCAAACUGCCUGCUGGAACUGCCCCAAACUGAGAGGGAAAUGACUAUUGCUUUAACACUGCACUUAAUGUACUCGGUCACCAACAGUUUGGCUGUGAUGUCCACCAGCAUCGUGUCCUGUUUGAUUCUGCAUAAGCACCGCAGGGGUGUGCGUCUCUCGGUGUUGUGCAGAGAUGUGUGUUGGCUGCUGGAGGAAGUCUUAUUCAGGAACUUUGAUGUCGGCUUUGGGGGCAGUUUGGAGGGCGUGGUCUAUUUUUCUCUCACUCUGCUGCGCCCCCACCUGCUGCAGGCCACAGUGCCCCCUGCAGGAGACCCUGUGCUGACUGCCUGGCCAGACCCUCACUCCCUGCUGGCACUCAGCCAGCAGAGUGACCUGCUCACACAUGUCUUCAUCCAUGAGGCAGUGGGAGCGUGCGCAGUCUCUGCCAUGCUGAGGGAAGCUGCAGGCUGUGGAGGAGGAGAGAUGGAGUUUGAUGUUGCUCUGGGUCAAGAGGAACUGACUGAGAAAAGCCUGCAGCUCACACACCUCCUACCUGUGGGAUACACAAUCCCGUGUCAGACAGCUCACACUUUUGCUCUGGACACAGUGGACAGUCUGGUAUGCUGUGGAAUUCUCGUUAUGGAAGAGGCACCGCAUGCCGUUCCAGUGUGCGAUCUCUGGAAAAGACAAGGGGUGUUAUCAUGGAAGGUUUCAGACGACCCUGAACAGAGCAGUGAUUCAGACUGUUCAGAACCGGACUCACGCUCAUAUAAAUUAAGUCAGCCGACUCAGUGUCCUGAGCUGCUGUUCUUCCUCUGCAGUUUACUAAGUGUCCAACUGAGGGCGCUGUGCUGGACUAUAGAGAGCCUGCACCUGCUGCCCUGCCCUAUGACAGAUUCUGCAUGUGUGACUCAACUCCACACACACCUGAGGAACAGAGCUCAGCUGGACAGAGUGCAUCACGAGUGCUCCUCGAUAAAGCUGGUGAGGAAGGCAGUGCGUACUCUUACUGAUCUUGGGGUGCUGAUGGAGGACAGGCAGAGUGAGGGUGUGUAUCUGGACAUUAGUCCUGUUUUUCUCCAGACUGAGAACAAACAGAAGCUCCUUCAGUUCGUCUCUCAGUUCCUCUACGGCUAACUGAGGAACAGUGGGCUUCUCGUCGUCUCUCAGCAGUUCUGCAGGUUCAGAUAUUACUGCUGAUUCUGUUUCUGAUUAUUGUUGCAGGUAAUCAGGGGUUUGCAGUGUGUUUGCUGGUUUCAGACAGUUUCAGCAAACCUUUAAAGAAAAAAGGUUCAGUGCAUCAUAAAAGUUCAUAUUCUUAUCAUAAGUGCAAAACUUGUAUCUCAAAAAGAUAGAAUUGUAGGGGGUGAGGAGCUUUAAACCUUUUUUGUCUAGACAUCUAAUGUUGCUAUUCCAUCUAUCUGCUUUGUCUUCUCCUUCUUUUUUUCUUUAGCUUUUUUUCUUAUCUUUAUUUUCAUCCAUCACCUUUCCUUUCUUUUUCUCCUCUUCCUCAUUUUUUUCUUCUUUUUUGUUUCUUAUGCCUUUUUUUUCUUUUUAUCUUCCUUCUUCUGCUUUUCUGGCUUGCUUUAUUUCUCCUUACCUUUUCCUCCUUUUUUUCUUGCCCCAUUUCCUGUUUGUUUUUUGUUUUUCACUCCUUCCUUUUCUUCUACGUCUUUCUCCUCCUUCAUUUUCAUCUUUUCUUUUUCUCAACCUUUUCAACUCCUCAUGUUUUUCAUGUUCCUCAUCCCCUCGUUCUCACUUUUCCUCCCUUUAUCUGAUUCUCCUUAUUUCUCUUUCCUUUCUCCUCCUCCUUCUCCUUCUUUUUUUCUUAUUCUUCUUUUUUUCUUCUCCAUCAUCUUUAUUUCCUUUUAUUCUUCUCUUUCUCCCUUUUUUAGAGAGAAGGAUUUAAAAAAAAGCUUUAAAACUUUAAAAAUUGUCAGUGUAAAACCCAUUUCUAUUGGUCGUUCAAAAUGACUACUUACUUACUUAUAUACAAUGUAAUACACACCUCUAAAUUCACACUGUCUAAAAGAUAGAAAUAAUUAAAUUUUAAAGCACAUAUGGUUACUUUCAGCACACUUUCAGCAUUGUUUUGCCAAACUAAUCUUUAUUCAUUUCUUACUGUAUUUCCUACCUUUUAAGUUUGUACGUCGUGACUUAGCCAGACUAUCUUUUCAUUUCAUGCGUUUGGAGCCAGAAAAACAAAGCACUGCCCACUGGCUCAACGAAUAAAAGACCAGGUUACAGGUCAGUCUUUCAGUUAAUUGUUCUUAUACGGCCAGGUUCGAUUAGACAGAGUAAUGAGUGUUAAAUAAUGCUGGAUUGAAUAGAGCGAGUUGGAUAAUGUUCUUCAGGAAUAAUAAAGAGGCAGUAAAUGGGCAGGAA